AUGAACGAAAAUCUAUUUGCCCCCUUCUCCACACCAACACUAAUGGGCCUCCCCAUCAUCAUCAUUAUCAUAAUAUUCCCAUCCAUACUACUAUCACGACCCAACCGCCUAAUCAACAACCGACUCACCUCCCUCCAACAAUGAGCAAUCCAAAUAACACUAAAACAACUAAUAACAAUACACAACACAAAAGGCCGCUCAUGAACAUUAAUACUCACAUCCCUAAUCCUAUUUAUCUCAUCUACCAACCUUCUAGGACUACUGCCAUACACCUUUACCCCCACAACACAACUAUCAAUGAACCUAGGAAUAGCCAUUCCACUAUGAGCCGGAACCGUCAUCCUAGGCUUCCGACAUAAAACCAAAAAAUCAUUAGCCCAUUUACUCCCGCAAGGCACCCCAAACCCACUCAUCCCUAUACUAGUAUUAAUCGAAACAAUUAGCUUAUUCAUUCAGCCCGUAGCCCUGGCUAUUCGACUCACAGCCAACAUCACCGCAGGACAUCUAUUAAUACACCUAAUCAGUAAAGCUGUCCUCACCCUAAUUUCCAUCAACAUCACCACAGCCCUGAUUACAUUUACCAUCUUAAUCUUACUCACAAUACUAGAAUUUGCCGUAGCCAUAAUCCAAGCUUAUGUAUUUACUCUACUCGUCAGCCUUUACCUGAACGACAACACCUAA